CGACCUCACUUCCAUUUCCAGCAGUGAGAUUGAAAAACCACGACACAGAGGAGUGGACAUGAAUGCCUGAAGAGCACAAAAAUGCAGGCAUACCUCUUACUGGGACCAACCUCCAUCGACGGCGGUGGAAAGAUCACUCCCGCCGCCGCCGCCAAUCGGAGCCUCUUCAUUGGCCCGUGUAUCUGGCCCCACAGCCGUAGCCCUAGUACCCAUCGUCGUUUGUGGGCCCCAGUUACCGCAUCCGCCACCAUCAACGGCGAUCAGAACUACUACGCCGUCCUCGGCGUCUCACCGGAUGCUUCCCCAGCAGAUAUCAAAAAGGCCUAUCGUCUUCUCGCUCUCAAGUAUCAUCCAGAUGUUAGCAAGGUUUCACAAGCUGAUGAGGUGUUCAAGAGCAUCCGUCUUGCAUAUGAUAUAUUAUCUAACGAAACAAGAAGAAAUCAGUAUGAUCGGGCCCUCAAAUUUCAAGAGGAUACUGAUAGGCCACGGAGAGGAAAUUGGGAAUACAACCCUGAAUUUGAUGAUGGCAUAAGGAUUUAUAGGUGGGCUGAUUUGAGACAGAGAAUGCAACGUGAAAGACAGUGGGAACGAUAUAAUGCCCGAGGGGAGAAUUCUUUCUCUGACAACGAAACAGAUGAGGAGUCUGAAGAAGAAAUCCUAGAUGAAGAAAGAGGCUCCUUCAGCGACGUGCUUAAAUCUGCCUUCGUCUCUCUGUUCCUAAUGCAAACCAUUGGAGCUCGACUGUCUCUCACGUUUAGUAGCCUAAUGGCUUUGCUUGAUCGUAAGUUGGAUGCUGGAUAUAAGGUGGGUUAUCUGGUAGCAUGGGUUUUGGGUGGGAGGGGGGGCAUUUUACUUACUUUGUGCCUCUCAUUUGCAAGUUGGGUUUGUGGCAAAACCAGCAGUAGUGUAGUUGCUCUGGUGGUUGUAGCCAUGUGGGUUGGAUCAAACCUUGCAAGGUAUGCCCCACUUCCACAAGGUGCACUUCUUACCCUUUUGUACAUGUCUAUUAAGCUGCAAGUCGAUUUAAACUAAAUCUAUUGCUGCUGCAUCUUCUGUAAUGAAAUGUAUUUCCCUUCUUAAAUGAUGUUUGUACAGAUGUUGCUUUAAUAAAUCUACAGUGUUUCUUGUCUUGUUAUAA